GGAAGAUAUUGUAAGAAGGGAGAACCGACCGUUGGCGAUGGCGGACGCGAUGGAGGGGGAGCCGGUGACAAUAACGCGCUCUGGACGCGUUAUAACUAAACUAUGUCACAUGUGUCAUGUCCAUUCCGAUUAGGACUAGCGCAGGCAGAACACCAUUAUCUAUGAGAACCUGGGACAAACGUUCACGUCUUUUUGGUCUCCUUCUGAAACUGACAAGCUUCCUAGCAAAACCUGCUUUUUUGGCGCGGGUCUUUUUUUCAUUUCACUAAUACAUCCCUUGUCCAUUACAGCCGACUUGAUACGUUCGCCGUGUGGCCCGGCAUUGUCACAGCUGCCCUAUCUGACUUCCAGAACCAGCUUUUAGGCAGUCCUCGUCUAGGACUGGACCAAAUACCGGAAUUGUCUGAUAUAAUCUCCAUCAGCGCCUCAAAUAUGGACGUCGAGAUUUGUCUCAAGUUCUCAGACAACCGGGAGGUUUCUCUAAACGUCCAAGACAGUUUAACAGGAGCACAGCUUGUUGAACGAAUCAAAAGCGAAACCGGAGGCCAAAAAAUAAUUCUCACCUGCAUGGGAGCUCGGCUACCCUUCGACAAGACCCUUAGAGACUUAGAUGUGCGGCCUGGAUAUGUCUUCAAGGUUGACAUGGAUUCGGCACACCAAGUUAUAGAGAUCCGACAGAAAGCUGCGACAAUUCCAAAGACUGCCAAAUUCAACCGUGGCUAUAUCAUUGAACAGAUCUGUCGCUUGGCAGAAAGCCAGAUAGCGACGCCACUUGAUUUGGCUAAGUUUCUAUUGGGAGACUCCAACAAGGUCUACCGAGUUGCUGGCGAAGCUGGCAAGGAUGAAAUCCUGAGCAUAUUCAAUCUUGAAGAAGCUGCGAUACCUCUACGUCUUACAGAUGACACUUUACACCAUUCCACCCCCGAUGAUAUAUUGAAAAAUUUCAGAGCCUUAGAAGACGCUGGAUACGACCGGAACAAUGAACAGUACUGCAGAUUGCGAGCAGAGUUUGUCAUGAUACCUGCAUUGGUUCAGGCACGGCGUAAUGCAAACGUCCCUUUGCGGUCAUCUACCAGAGGCGCUCCCAAGAAAAAACAUGCUAUCUCCAUGACACCGACGACACAGAUGAGACGUGAUACUGAUGCUGAGGCCCCUCGACGAGAUCUCAAAAUGUUUCAUGAAUAUGAUUUGCGAGCCGAGAUCAAUCACCCAGUCUCUGGCAUUCCUCAUGUGUUCACUGGUCGCGCCGACUGGGCAGCGGGGCACUCGGGCCGUGGAUUUUCAGACUCCGUUUUGGUUUGUGUCGAGGCAAAGAAGAAAGAAACAUUUGGGAAUGCUGAGCUUCAGUUGACUGCGUAUUUGGCAAUCUGCUAUCAUGAAAGGAAAAAAGCUAACAAAUCUGUCCCAUCUGUGCAAGGCUUUAGCACUGAUGGCCAACGCUAUACUUUCCAGCUUUUGACCUCAGACGGCACGCUAUACUCUAGCAAAACCUAUGAUACUGUGGAUGAGAAGGAUCUUGAGAUUGUGUAUAAUUUCAUAGUCCAUCAAGUGCAAACUGCAAUUAAUUUGUCUCCAACAAGCACACCAGUCAAAGGAUCACGCACAGAAAAGGAAGAGGCGGCUAAGACUUAUGCACAAGACACAUUUUGGGGAAUAUUUGAGCCACCUCCAUACUGCUCAGACGGCGAAGAAGAAGAACGGCCAGAAUUAGAUCUUGAUACCUUUGCAUUGCGAGAACGAGGCAUGCUGAAGUGAACUUUGUCUCCUUAUCUCACUUUACAGAUUUGUAUCAUCGAAAAUGAUUGAGAAAUUACCCGGAUCAGGGACCCAAUAAAAGUGUGCUAUCAG